UUGGUCUUACAGCCAGGAGUAUAGACUCCCUGGCCCUGCGAUGUCCACACUUAAGGACUCUGAACAUCGGGAGAGUCCCCCAGGUUUCUGAGGCCUGCUUGAUCAGGAUCCUGAAGAACUUACCAGAAAUGACUGCCCUUAAUGUUGCUGCCCUCAAAACGGUGAAGGAUGGGAUUGUCCAUCUCAUCGUGACUCACUGUCCCAAACUGGAGAGUCUUGUCCUCAGCUCCUGCUCUCAGGUGACUGAUAUGAGCUUGGUGGAAAUCAGCACCUAUCUGAAAGCUCUCAGGUGUCUUGAUGUGAGUGGAUGCCGGCAGGUAACCAAUGCAGGAGUUCAUGCAUUGGCAAGAAGCUGCCACCAUCUCAAGUGUCUGGACCUAAGCUCUACAGGAAUAAGCAAAAGAGGAGUUUGUUUAUUGGCUAAUUACUGUCAUAUUAGUUUGGAAUGUGUGAAACUCAGUUUCUGCAAGAAUGUCACCCUGGAUGCUGUUAAGAGGCUUUGUAAAAACUGUAGACGAUUGAAGAUUCUCCAUCUCUAUGGCUGCACCAUCACUUCUGGCUUGUGCAAAAUAAAAGAAGCUUACAAAAGAGUCAAAAUAUUUCAUGACAAUUCAGCCUUUACCCAUUAAUAGUUGAGGGAAAUGUAAUUUUUAGCAGCAAAGACUUUGAAGAUAUACAUAAUUAAAU